AUGUCAGUGCAAGAGGAGGAUGUCUCGUAUGUGGCCGCUGAAGUCUCUCGAGCCAUGGUUUCCGUCCUCGACUCAGAGGCUCAUUUUGAGCGUAAAGUCAAAGAAGCUGGAAUCACGGACCCCAAUGUAACGGUCUUGAAAAAUCGAGGGUUCAAGACGUUGAGCCAAGUCGCAUACAUGGUCUCCCAGCCGGGAGUACCUAUGCCAGAGGCAGAUUUUGCAAUUUUCUGCAGCACCCACUUUGCCAGCUUUUCCAUAGGGGAAAUCAGCAGCCUGCGCCGUUUGAUCUUCGAGAGCCAGACCUUGACAGUUGCUUCCUUGAGACUCCAGGUAAGCGAUCCAGAUGCGUCCGGUAAACAGAAAAUGCCGGAGGCUGAACGUGAGGUCAGACUCGAGAACCUAAAGCGCUCCCUUCCUGGAAUCACCAUCAAAGGGAAUCUUGAACCAGCAAGGUGCUUCCUUGAUGCAGCCGCUCGCAUUGAGGCUUCCAAUCAGAUUGUCUACUUGGCACCCGAGAAGUGUGUGUCAAGGCUGUAUGAAGUGGCGCAGUCCAAGCCAAUCACAAAGCAAGUAGACAUUGAAGCCAGCAAGCUUGUCAUAAAGGAGGCCGCUGAUCCAGUGGAGGCUCCCACCAAUGGUGCUAUGGCCGUGUUUGAUGCGCUAAGGAGGCGGGGGCUCGCACUCUGCUUCGCCAACCUCAUUCACUGGCCUAAUUACGAGCGGUAUCUCAAUACCCUCUUUAACCACCUGCGCCGCGAAGCAAAACCUGGAUAUUUAAAGUGCACAAUUCGCCAACUAGUCGAAGCUGACAGGCUAUGUUGGUCGCGUCUUAUCGAACAGAAUGUAAAACCUCGGCCCAACCCUGGAGAUCCUCUGCCCUUAGACUCCAAGCUGCAGGCCACUUUGGAAAGCUAUGAUGUGAGCUUCGAGUUGAUGCCUCUGCCUCAACAGCCGCCAAAGCGCAAAGAAUCCUGGCCAGAUCGUGCCCCGAAGGUGCCCAAGGGCGCUGCCAAAGGCCAGGGUCAAAACAAGGGAAAGGGCAAGGGCAAGCCGGCAGCCCGCAGCAUGAUCAAGAUCCCGUGGGGCAUACGCAGCAAAGGUGGGACAGCCGAGACGCCAGAUGGCUCCCGCAUCUGUUUUGACUACUCACUUGGAGAGUGCAAGUUGGGUGAUGCCUGCGCAAAAGGCAAGCAUGUGUGUGCCUAUCGCAAGGGCGGCAUUGUGGGUCUACGCUCUGCGUGCAAGCGCUUACCAGCAUGUACUGAGGUUUUGGCCAGGUACGUGCGUCAGGAGCAGCCGGAUGCUGUUUUCUCAAGCAUUGCCAUACUUGACAAUGUCCCGUCAGGUUUUCACAAAGAUGUGGCGAACGCCCAUUGUGACAAUUAUGUGUUUAAGAUGUCCGAAUUCUCAGGUGGCGGAGUUUGGUGCGAGGAUGCCCAGGGCACGGAUGUCAGGUCCGUCAAUGGUGCGCGGGUGCCCGGCCAGGUACUGCCCUUCUGCAAUAAUGCACUUCGCUUGCCAGCGUGCAAAGCGUUGCAUGCCACUGAGCCUUGGUCUGGCUCACGCAUUGUGCUGGUUUCAUAUUGCCUGCAAAACUUAUGUAGUUUGUCUCCUGCGCAUGCCAAUCAACUUGCCCAGCUGGGCUUUCAGCCUGCUCUUGCCACGGGUGACCUUCAUGCAUCCAUGCAGACACAUGCGCCCUGCCCGACCAUGUCUGAGGAGGAUGAAGCCCCUGUGUCCACCCCCUUUGGACACAGCGGUAAACCACUUGUUCUGGAACUCUGUGCCGGAACAGCAGGCCUGUCUGCUGCCUUGAUAGAGGUCAACUUCGAUGUCGUUGCCUUCGAUCACAACAGAAUCCCUGGGGCCAAAAUGGCCAUUCAGAUCGCAGAUCUCUGCUCUGAGCACGGCUUCGCCUUGGCCAAAAGGUACCGCUUGCCGGGCGACGCAUUUGGCAUGGGGCUGCCUGUGCAGCUCUGCGGGCGCAUCAAGGAGCCAUGGCCCAUACCUCUGACUGCAUCCGCCGACCUGUCCGAACUGCCAGUGGACAGCCAGCUCCUCAAAGUUCAUGCUCUGCCGGAUAAAGGGGGUGUGGCCUUCAAUGACGUUGUUUGGGGUGUGCCGUGGAGCCCGGAAGAAUUCCUCACUAAAGCUCUGGAGUCUGGACAUCCUCGUACGCUGGAGGCAGCAAUUCCACAGGUGCUCAAGGAUGCCAUCUUGCAGCGCAAGAAAAGUGCCCCAGGAAACAUUGCAAAGGCCAGGGCAGAGUUCUUCGCUAAAUGGCUAAAAAUUGCACAGGAUCUAAAAGCCGACGAGGCCAAGCUCAAAGAAGGCAUGUCGAAGGAGCGGCAAAGGAUUUUACAACCAAAGAGGCUCUUAGUGUGGCAGGCCAUGCUUAAGGAGGCAGGAUACGCCGAUGUAGGCGUUGUUGAGGAAACUAUUAAGGGGACUGACUUAGUGGGUGAGGCGCCGGCCACGGGCAUCUUCAACGCCAAAUUUAGACCUGCAAAGCGAACGGUUGAAGACCUUGCAUCAUGUGCACCGGUAGUUCGCGAGGCUGUCCUCCAAUCGGUCAGAAGCCAGGGCAAGGAAGUGGAUGCUGAGGUUCUUCGUCAGACGCAGGCCGAAGUUGAUAAAGGCAUAAAUGAUACUGUGCAGGCGGAAGAGACGCCUACCCCACAUACGGUCGAUGUGGCAGCAGGCAUGAUCGCAUCUACCAUGAGGCAUUUGCCGGGCAAGCAGCACGAGGGAAGGGCGUAUGACUUAGUAUCGGCAUACCGGCAAUUGGCCGUGAGUGACGGCUCACGCUGGGCGUCCUAUGUGGUGCUUUGGAAUCAUCAAACGAGCGAUGUCUCCGUUUUUGCAUUGCAUGCCUUGCCCUUCGGAGCAGCCCGUUCUGUUUUCUCUUUUCUGAGGGUCAUCCACUCGGUCUGGCAUUUGGGAGCCUUUUUCCUUUGGCUAAUUUGGUCAUGUUAUUACGCCGACCUAAUUUCCCUUUCGGAUGCGGAGCACACCGAUUUUACGCACAGAACCAUCGAUGCCUUUUUCACCUUGUUGGGAUGGGUUUUUGCCAAGGAUGGUUCCAAGAGCCAAGCCUACUCAGAGGCCUUUAGCGCUUUGGGCGUCUGCUUCGUCCUGUCUGAUAUGCGCCUGGGCAGAGUCACGAUCUGCAACACAGAAAAACGAAUUCAGCAGCUGCUAGAGGCCAUUCGAGGUUUCUUGGCCAAGGGUAGCAUGACUGUGCCGGAGGCGCUCAAACUCCGAGGGCAACUUCAGUUUGCGUGUGGACAAGUGCUGGGCGGCAAUUCCGUGUUUUUCUGUCCAUCUUGA